UUGCUGCGCCUUGUCAUGAUCAAGCAGAACAUUGUCCUGUACAGUGACUCCAUAUCGCCAUCUGCUGCCGGAAGACUGAACACAAACAUUUGCAAGCUAGUAUCGUAAAACUCAAAACUAAGCGUAUUGCGUUAGUAGAAUUACAAGUCAGCUAACAAAACCAAAUGUUAUAGAGUAUCAUACAUCAGGCUGAAUAACUGGCUAAACUGCUUCGCUCAAUAAGAUCGGAUUCACGUUUCCACAGAUUAUGUAGUUGCAAAGCGUUAGCACUAUCAUCCUUUGAUUGCUUGAUAUGAUUUCUGUCAUUUUGUUUUCGCCGGAUUGUUUGUUUUCUUAUGACCUUGCUCAGAAUUAGCUUGCUUAGGAUUUGUGGCCUCCUGAUUGGCGUAUUGUGUGACAUACCCUUUUUCCGAGCUCUUGCGUGCGCUUACCGAUGUGUCAAUCACGUUAAAGGCGGGUCUUGUGUGACAGACAAUUCAGGAAGCCAGCAAGGAUUUCAGUUUCGUUAAGGUUGCUGUCUGAACUACUCACUGAAAUUCUGUAGAAUGUUUUAAAUUUUAUGAAUGCACUCCUCACUUGUUUCUUGUGCUUUUGCAAAUUUAUUGUUUUUAUAUUACUAAAAUAGCGCGACCUAAAGACCUGAGCUCUCCUCUGGGUUGUGGCGAUGGUUGGCUAUGACCCACGUGCAGAAAGCAAAGCGCUCAGCCCCGAGGAGGCGGCAUUGGCCGGGUCCGCGUCGGGCUUUGUUACGCGUGCCAUGAUCAGUCCCCUGGACGUCAUCAAGAUCCGAUUCCAGGUGCAGAUAGAGCGGGUGUCGUCCCGCUGCCCCCAGGGCAAGUACUCGGGGCUGUGGCAGGCGUCCCGCUGCAUCCUGGGGGAGGAGGGCGUCACCGCGUUCUGGAAGGGGCACGUCCCCGCCCAGCUGCUGUCCGUCUGCUACGGGGCCGUCCAGUUUGCCAGUUUCCAGUUUCUGACGGAGUUUGUGCACAAGAGCACCCCCUACAGCAGCCAGACGGCCGACGUGCACUUCGUGUGCGGGGGGCUGGCCGCCUGCUCCGCCACUGCAGUCUGCCAACCCCUGGACACGCUAAGAACACGCUUCGCUGCACAGGGGGAACCCAAGGUCUACCACACGCUGAGGCAUGCGGUCUCCACCAUGUACCGCACGGAGGGCGUCCCGGGCUUCUACAGGGGCCUGACCCCCACCAUAAUCGCUGUUUUCCCCUACGCGGGCCUGCAGUUCUUCUUCUACAACGUCUUCAAGAACGUUUGGCUGCAGCCCAAAGAGCCUGGCGCUAGAGGAAACCUCCAGAACCUGCUCUGUGGCAGCUGUGCAGGCGUCCUCAGUAAGACGAUGACCUACCCCUUCGACCUGUUCAAGAAGAGACUGCAGGUGGGGGGGUUUGAGAAAGCCCGGGAGUGCUUCGGACAGGUGCGGUCCUAUCGGGGCUUUGUGGACUGCGCGGUGCAGAUCGCUAAAGAGGAGGGCGCUCGCGGGUUCUUUAAGGGCCUGUCCCCCAGCCUGGUGAAGGCGGCCAUGUCCACAGGCUUCACCUUCUUCUGGUACGAGCUCUUCUGCAGCGCCCUCUGCAGGCUGAAGGAGAACUAGCGCUCUGCGGGACGCCCCUGGGGGCGGGGCUGCCGCACGGCACAGUCACGCGCACAGGAUCACAAAGUGCCGCAGCAGGGCUGGGGUUCAGGUGAGAAGGAGGAGGAAAAAGUCCUUAUCCACUGGCCUCCCCUGCGGUGGCGUCCUCCUCACAAUGCUGCUUCUGUCUCUCAGAGCUCCUGACCGUGCUGCUUCUGUCUCUCAGAGCUCCUGACCGUGCUGCUUCUGUCUCUCAGAGCUCCUGACCGUGCUGCUUCUGUCUCUCAGAGCUCCUGACCGUGCUGCUUCAUGGCCUGUUCACUCUCAGGCGGGUGUGUGUACAUUACUGCAGCCUCUGCUGUAGAGAGAUUUGUCCGCUUGUAGCUCUGUAUGGUGACUCUUUCCUCAUCUGUGUGUAAGUAAACAAGAAGCCGGAAGUACUGCAGUAAAUCUGCACAAGAGAAAUGUGAGGCGUAAGUUGCCCUUGAGGUGGGGGGGGGGGGGUCUCUGUAAGGUGAAAGGGCGACACGCUGUGAAAUUGAAAGUGAAAUUUACUGCCUCACCACAGACAGAAUUAUGACCAGAGAGCGGGUCACCAGACGAAGACCAGCUUGGUCAAAGCAUCGUCUUCGUCCUGCAGCCAGAAAGUUUUACUUCGCUUUAUUUUAUGUGUUCUACUCUGCGCCGUGUGGUUUUCCUUUGUGCGAUUUGCCUCAUGCCCAUCUCCAGGGCUCAUUUUUUUUUGGUUGUGCGUAUCAUAAACUUUAAUAGUGUUUUUAGCAAACAUGAACCAUGCUUCUGAUGCCAUGACAGUGUUCUCGCAGGGGUGAAAGUGCUCUCUUCAGGGACCUGUGUCAGUCAAUCCGAGUAAAUCCAAGUUUUUUAGUUCGACAAACAGUUUGGCAAGUCAGCUUUGGUGACUGCUGUACUUGCCAAAUGUGUUAAGGGGGGAGGGGGAACCGCUUCCCUGUAGAAGUGAAAUUUUGAUUGAUCCCUGGCCAGUGUCCUUCCAAAGAGCUAACCAGGAAUAAGGAGCGCUGCUAUCUCUCCGUAUACCUCAUGCAAUGGUGCAGCUGAACAACGUCUCUCCUCUCUGUGCACAAAUGCUCUGCUCUGGAGAAAAUCCAUGGCAGGAAUAUUUACUGGUCUGUUAUUUGUAUCUGUAGGUUUAAAGUGCGGUGGUCGGUUUGAGAGUGUUGGUGUGGGAUGGGUUUGUUAUUGUUUUAUGGCAGUUAAACACAUGAGAAAAAUCACGCAAAAACCUCUCUUCAGGGACCCUGAGCCAGAUUCAGGUAUUUGAUGUGUUCUACCUCAGGCACACCUGAUACAGCUAGCCAAGCGUUUGAUGGAAAACUUCAGAUACCUGGCAUCUGGCAGGGGGUCUCUGAGGAGAGGUCUGGGAACCACUGAUUUUUGGGAACACAAGAGGAACAAUGUAUGUUAAUUUGCAGUGGUUUGUUUUCAUAAGAGAACACACCAUCGGUUGAAUUACAUCUAAAGUAAAUCAACAUGAACGAACUGGAAGAAGUGUUGCCCACACUUUGAAAACCCACGAGGUUUUAAGAAGGGAAUGAGGGUGUCGAAUUGGUUUUCCACCAAAGACACCGACACUUUUUAUGCUUUGGUUCUCAUCUUGCUUUGGUGCUAAAGUAUUUAUACAUAUUUUCGAAACAGGAUGUAAUUGUCAGUGUGGUCUUUUGUCAGAACUCUCAUGCUUUUAUCCAUUUUAUUUUGUUACUAUGUAUUUAACAGCAAGGCGCUUAUCAAGGACAGCAUAUGUUACCUGUGCCUUACAGCUUAGCACUUUUAGAUGUUUUAUAACGACAUCAUAUUUAGUAUCUAUUGGAACAGAUUAGUGUUGGCCAUUAUAGGUUAAUUAUUAUUAUUAUAAUUAUUAUUAUCAAUUACAUUUAUAUAGCACUUUUCCAAAUGCUCAAAGUCCUUUACAGUGAAGGGGAACUCACCUCACCCACCACCAAUGCUAGCCAUGGGAGUUGUUAGCCCCGAUUUAGCAAAGCAUACACAUGCUGUACAUGGCAUGCAGCGUAAAAUUAAGCAGACGUGCCAUUGACAUAUUGGUCUUACUUGCCUAUUAAUUUAAAAAUAAGAUUUUUUUUUUUUUUUUGAAGCAUGACCUCACUCUUUGGCUUGCAAAGUACUCAGACUUCAGCAUUCUGUUGAGGAGCUGCAGUGCCGUUGACCAAACACCACCUAGUACAGUCCAUUGUAGGUAAUUAUGACUAUAUUUAUUUUGUUUCUUUUGAAAUAUUGUAAUGUCAUACAUCUGCAUCAUUGUUUUUUGUUUUACCUCAUAUUUAACAUCACCCUGUUAAACCAUGGAAAGAGUGUAAUGUCUGUACUCCUUUACUAUAAAAAAAAGUGGCAAAUGUGUUUAUUUUUAUGAAAAAAAUUAAAUUUUUUAUGAAGUGCAA